AUGGAAGGUGCAGCUACAGGUCUCCCGCUCCAGGCUGCCCCGGGCCCCAUCUGUCAUCGCUCCCGGGGCGCCUGGCGGCAGCCCCGACAGCAGCCGCAGAGCAGCCCUGCUUUAUGGAGGCCCUGGAUGCUCACAGCAAGAGAUGGUGAGAUGACAGAGAAUCAACAAAUGCCAGAACCUGACGGUCAACUAAUAAAUUUUAGAUCAAAAGGAGCCCUGGGCUUUCAACAUCCAGUGAGGCUUUAUUUGCCCAAAUCCAAAUCCCAAAAGUUUCUUAAUAACAUCGGAGAGAAGGUUCUGGCAAGUUUUCCAGUACAAGCUACAAUUCACUUCUACAAUGAUGACGCUGACUCUGAGGAAGAUGAAGAAGAAACCAAUUCAGCCUGA